GGUAUUCUAAAGACUCUUCAACUCAAAGCUACCGAAAUCUCUCAUUAGCAAAACAAACAUCAAUCAAAGAAUCAACAAUGGAGGUUGCAACCGAUAAGCAGCAGCACGAUUCAUCAUCAUCAGCAAAUGCUGAUGUUUUGAACGAUUGGCUCCCCAUUACCAAAUCCAGGCACGCUAAAUGGUGGUACUCAGCCUUCCACAAUGUCACCGCCAUGGUCGGAGCCGGAAUUCUGGGUCUCCCUUAUGCUUUAUCUGAACUUGGAUGGGGUCCUGGAGUUACCAUAAUGGUAUUGUCGUGGAUUAUUACACUAUACACAUUAUGGCAGAUGGUGGAAUUACACGAAACAGUGCCAGGGAAGAGAUUUGACCGAUAUCAUGAGUUGGGUCAGCACGCUUUUGGCGAAAAGCUUGGGCUGUGGAUCGUAGUGCCUUUGCAGCUGUCGUGUGAAGUUGGUCUCGGCAUCAUUUACAUGGUUACCGGAGGGAAGUCAUUAAAGAAGAUUUAUGACACAUGUUGUCAUGAUUGCAUAGACAUUAGAACAACGUAUUUUAUUAUGAUGUUCGCAGUUAUUCACUUUAUUAUCUCGCAUCUUCCCAGCUUUAAUUCGAUCACUCUUGUCUCCUUUUUGGCCGCUUUGAUGUCACUCGGUUACUCGACAAUUGCAUGGGGAGCUUCACUUCAUAAAGGAGUUCAGCCGACUGUGAGUUAUGCUCCAAGGUCCACUUCAACUAAGGACAUAACAUUUGAUUUCUUUGGUGGAUUGGGAGAUGUAGCCUUUGCCUUUGCCGGUCACAAUGUGGUGUUGGAGAUACAAGCAACUAUCCCAUCGACUCCGGGAAAACCAUCGAAAAAACCGAUGUGGAAAGGGGUGGUUGUGGCUUAUAUUAUAGUUGCAUUGUGUUAUUUUCCGGUUGCCUUCUGCGGUUACAUGGUGUUCGGAAACCUGGUCGAGGACAACGUCCUCCUUUCAUUAGAAAAACCGGCUGGUCUCAUUGUUGCUGCCAAUGCUUUCGUUGUUGUUCAUGUCAUUGGAAGUUAUCAAGUUUUUUCAAUGCCUGUUUUUGACAUGAUUGAAUCAUUUUUAGUUAAGAAAAUGAAAUUCAAGCCAAGUCUAAUGCUUCGAUUCAUUUCACGAAAUGUAUAUGUGGCAUUCACAAUGUUUGUGGGAAUAACAUUCCCUUUCUUUGGUGGGUUGAUGAGUUUCUUCGGAGGAUAUUGUUUUGCCCCCACAUCAUAUUAUAUUCCUUGCAUCAUAUGGCUUAUACUUCGUAAACCAAACAGAUUCAGCUUGUCAUGGUUCAUAAACUACAUAUGCAUUACGGUGGGGGUGCUUUUGACAAUCUUUGGACCAAUAGGAGGACUGGUCUCUCUUAUUCACUCAGCCAGCACAUUUAAAUUUUUCUCCUGA